AUAUGAAAUAUAAACACGUUGACAUUCUUAGGAAAACAAACUGUGACCGCUCUGAAGCAAAUUAGGAAACUGACUUCAGCAUGGCCUGUGCGGGAGGAGUGGAUGCAGCCAAAACAUGGCCUUUAAAUGGAUGAAUCUACCCACUAUGAAAACGAAUAGAAGAUGGGAAGCAAACCUAUAUAUUUAAUUUAACAUUCUGUCAAGACGUGCUGAGAAAUCUCAGUACAGCACUUAUAGAAGUAGUAAGCAGGCAGGUGCUGUUGUUUGUGCUUCAGCAUGGCAGUCGUCAUCCGUUUACAGGGACUGAGAAUCACAGCAGGUUCUGAGGAUAUUCGCAAGUUCUUCACUGGUCUCAAAAUCCCAGAUGGAGGGGUGCAUAUAAUUGGUGGAGAGCGAGAGGAAGCUUUCAUUGUCUUUGCUUCGGAUGAAGAUGCAAGACGAGCCAUGACACGGUCAGGGGGUUGCAUUAAGGAUUCACCCAUUACAUUGCUACUCAGUAGUAAAGCGGAGAUGCAGAGCAUGCUUGAGAGAAGUACAAAAAAUUUGGAACUUGAUCAAAGGAGGCGAUUUGAGGAUAAUGCGGGACGUGCCAGAAGAUCUUUGGGCCCUCAGGUGAGCAGGAGAUCAGGUAGCAGAUCGGGUCAUACCCCUCCCCCCCAACACCAGAGGGCUUUAAACGGUAAUGAUGACUUCUUGUGUGUGUUUCUGAGAGGAAUGCCCUUCUCUGUGACUGAAAAGGAAGUAAGCGAUUUUUUCAGUGGUUUGCUUAUUGAUGAAAUAAUUUUGUUGAAAAAUGAAUAUGGUGUAAACGAUGGGAAAGGUCUUGUCAAAUUUGCAACAAGAGAGGAUGCAAGGGAAGGCCUGAAGAGGCAUAGGAGAUACAUUGGGUCAAGGUAUAUUGAGGUUUCCAGGACAACAGUAAACGACUGGCAUCGGGCUACUGGUAGAUUACCAAUGGUUGUCAACAGGGACGACAGCUUUGAAAGAGACAGAUCACCUUUUCGCAAUCAGAGGAAUCCACGACAUCAUGCAAGAUCACCGUCACCUUUGGCCCAGAGGCCCAUUCAUCCCUCUGACGGCAACUACUGUGUUUUGUUGGACAAUCUAUCCUAUACGGUGGAAAAAGCAGACAUAAAAAACUUUUUUCAUCCCACAAAGCUGGAGGAUGACCAGAUUCUGCACUUUUUAGGCAGUGAUGGGAAAAGAACUAGAUCUGCAUUUGUGCUGUUCAAGAAUCAGCGUGACUACUGUGAUGCCUUAGCUCAUGAAACAAGAUUACUCUCGAACCGAUUGGUUCAUACUCGCCCAAUCACAAGAGAGGGCAUGAUCACCCUUUUGGAGUCUCACUGCAGGAAUGUCCGAGCUUCUGGAGACUCAGAACACUUUCAGGAGCGGCCUCCAUCUUACCCCAACAAUCCCUAUGAGUCAGAGAAAAUGUGUAUGUUUGUCCAGAACCUGCCAUUUGAUGUUAGAAAAGUUGAGAUCAUUGACUUCUUUUGUGGGUUUCAUAUCACUGAGGACAAGGUGUUCUUGCUCCUUGACCAUAAAGGUGCUGGGGCGGGGAAGGCUUUGGUUCUCUUCCAGUCUGAGGCAGAGGCUAUGAGGGCACUCUCGCUCAAUGGACAGCGGUUUCUUGGGUCAGAAGUCAUACUGAGAUGCAUUUCACGUUCUCAGAUGAAGCAGUUGGGUGUUGAUCCACCAGUGGUGCAGGAGCCACUGCCACGAGAGAAAUUGUCCUCAGGCAGGAGCAGCGAGGCAUCCUGUCGCCCUGGUAACACUGAGUACCGUGACUUUAGAAUGCCUUGUGAUGGUAAUAUACCUAUGACUAAUCCACAGGCUCAAGUCCAUGGAGGUUUCGAUUGUGAACCUCGUUCAGUGGGUUAUUGUGCUCCACACGACAAGGGUAAUGGCAUUCGUGGCAACUUUGGCGCCUCAUUGCUGCAUUUAAAUGGUCCCACCUGUGUUAAGUUAGUCAACUUACCCUUCCAAAUCAGAAGUGAAGAAAUCUAUGACUUUUGCUAUGGAUAUAGUAUUAUCCCUGGAUCUGUCUCACUGCAAUAUGACCACCAUGGCAAACCUCAAGGCUCUGCAACUGUGGUAUUUGAGUCUCGUCAGGAGGCUUUAACGGCAAUAGAGGAACUGAGUGGAAGGCCAAUUGGUCCAAGAAAAAUACAACUGCUGUUAUUUUGAAAGUGACGUUGGUUUUUAUGGCGCGAACAUGCCCUGGUAGUGUGGUUUGGACAUAUACACAGUGUUGAUUUAAACUUGAUUGAAGUGAAACAGGUGCCUUUUCUUCCUCUUCUUGGUUAAUGUGGCAUGUGUUUAUUGAACACAGUGAUUUUAACUAGAUUGUUUCUUAGAUUUUGUUUUUAUUGGCGUAUAGUCAUUUGACUAAAUAUGAGUUUGUGUACCGUACUCAUCUUAAAGUGAAGUACUUGAGGUCUGGUUUUCUUAUUGAAAUAUUUUUGUUUAAUUCACUUUGCAACACAGUGCUGAGAAAUUUGUGUACAUUUCAAAUUAUUUGUGGUUAUUAUACAAAGUGUAUUUUUAUAAUAACUUUUCUUCACAGAUCUUUCAGUGUAAACAAAUUGUGCUGUCUGAUAUGGCCCUGAAAAUAAAGCGUUUUCUGUGUUCAUGA